AUGUUCGAUGGCGAGAAGCGUGAUCUCCAAAGCAAGGGAAUCCCCAAGGCAGAGUCACAGACAAUUACCACAAACUCCAUCGGUGCUUCUGGACGAACGCUCAGGCUGACACGUGCUGCCGUGGGCUUUCGUUUCGUGGGCGAUAUUUUUGACCGAUACUGGACAUGUCAUUUCAUUGAGUACAUUCCAUACACAAAGAGCGAUGAUAUUAGCAGCAACGGCGGCAUCAUCACCACAAUAGACAAGCUAAAGUUGAAAUUUGGAAAGAAGCCAUAUCCAGACUCAUGGCGCCAGCGCAAGGUGCUCGAGCUGCACUUCAUGUUGCGUAUUCUGGAUCAGCUGGUCGAGAACACAAACAAGCUGCGAAAUUUUGUGCGUACAGAACUGGGCGUUAAGGAAACCUUUGUGGACAUAACGUUGCUCAAUAGCGGCGACUACUUCUCAUCGAGUACCCAGUGGCAGCAACUGCACCAAGUACUGCAGAGCGUUGAAGACGAGCUGGACAGUGUGAAGGCCAACGUCACUGAGCGAUGGGAGUCACGAGAUGAUCGAGGCCAAGAGAAGCCGCGCUGGACAACCAACGACGAGCGAAAAUAUCGCAGCAUCAUCAACACGCUAGAAGCCAAAAUCGGCAACCGGAUGCGCGACAUGCGGCGCGCGCGAGACAGCGUUCACAGCCUCAAGAUCUGGCUAGAACAUAUGCAAGACCAGACUCGCAACGACCUCAGCUUGCGCGGAGCCGAAAACAUCCGCUUCUUCACCUACGUCACCGUCGUGUUCUUGCCACUAGGCUUUGCCGUCAGUAUCUUCAGCAUGGCCGACACAGAACCCGGUCAUCACAUGCUGGUCAACAUGGUUGUAUGUGCCGUCGUGGCCUUGGCCUUGACCACAAUUGCCCUCGUCAAUGCCAAAACGAUGGCUGCUGUGGCAGAGGAUAUGUCGUACACCAUUUCCCGGCGCACGCGAGCAGCCAUGCGUCGCAGUUUACUGGGCAGACACUACUUGGGGCGAAAGGCCGGAAGAAGAGACGGGCAGCCAGACGAGGGCGGCAACAAGAACAGCAAAAACCAGGGGGAGACUCCAGGGAGCGAAACCAAGGAGGAGUUGCGUCCUCCACGUCGACCUCCUCUGCGUUCCACCGUCGACCAGUCCUGGCAUCUCUGGUUCUGGUUGGCGAACUUUCAUUCUCGUCACAUUUGA